CAAGAGUUGAAGUUGGAAUUGGUGUCUCGGCUUCUGUGUAGAAACUGUGCGGCUGUCAGAAGGAGAACAGGUCGCUGAAAGGAAACCCUUGCGGCUCCUGGUGGGCGGGCUGUGUUCAUCGCUCCUAGAGAGACAUUUAAGCGUGAAAGGAUACCGCAGCUAAGACUUCAGUUCUAGCAGUGGGGAGCAACAGAAACUCGGGACGAGUCACAAAGGGACGGAGGAGGCAAAGUUCUCAAGGAACUGGGACUCUGUUGCAAUCAGAGCAGAUGGGCGAGACGGAGGAUGAGCGGACGGCUCAGGCCAGCCAGCUCUUUGAGAACUUUGUCCAGGCGUCCACAUGUAAAGGAACCCUGCAGGCCUUCAGCAUCCUCUGCAGACAGCUGGAGCUGGAUCCUUUGGACUACAGCAACUUCUUCGGCUCCUUGAAGGCAGCAGUCAGCUCCUGGAAAGUCAAGGCCCUGUGGACAAAAUUAGACAAACGGGCACAGCAGAAAGUGUACAACCAGAAUAAAGCCUGCCAAGGAACAAGGUGUCUGAUCAUCGGUGGCGGCCCCUGCGGUCUGCGAACGGCCAUCGAGUUGGCCCUGCUCGGCUGCAAAGUGGUGGUGAUCGAGAAGAGGGACACCUUCUCCAGGAACAACGUGCUCCACCUCUGGCCCUACACCAUCCAUGACCUCAGGGCUCUCGGAGCCAAGAAGUUCUAUGGAAAGUUCUGCGCUGGCGCCAUCGAUCACAUCAGUAUCCGCCAGCUGCAGCUGAUGCUGCUGAAGGUGAGCCUGAUCCUGGGAGUGGAGAUUCAUGUGAAUGUGGAGUUCGUAAAACUUCUGGAGCCUCUGGAGCAGCAAACGGAAGAUGGUCCUGGUUGGCGAGCAGAACUCCGGCCCUCCAAUCAUCCAGUCUCUGACUUUGACUUUGAUGUGGUGAUUGGUGCAGAUGGCCGCAGAAGCACAUUAGAUGGUUUCAGUCGCAAGGAGUUCAGAGGAAAGUUGGCAAUCGCUAUAACAGCCAACUUCGUCAACAGGAACACCACAGCAGAAGCUAAAGUCGAGGAAAUCAGCGGCGUCGCCUUCAUCUUUAACCAGAAAUUUUUUCUGGAACUAAAAGAGGAGACAGGAAUUGAUUUGGAAAACAUUGUUUACUACAAAGACAAAACCCACUACUUUGUGAUGACUGCAAAGAAGCAGAGCCUGCUGGACAAAGGGGUCAUCAUAAAUGACUACAUAGAAACAGAGCGACUGCUGAAUUCUGACAACGUUAACCAGGAAGCGUUGCUGUCGUACGCUCGUGAGGCUGCGGACUUUGGCACCAACUACCAGCUGCCAUCGCUGGACUACGCCAUCAAUCACUAUGGGCAGCCAGACGUAGCUAUGUUUGACUUUACAUGCAUGUACGCAUCAGAAAACGCCGCCCUGAUAAGGGAGAAACAUGGACAUGAGCUACUGGUUGCACUGGUGGGAGACAGUCUUCUCGAGCCCUUCUGGCCGAUGGGCACUGGUUGUGCUAGAGGCUUUCUAGCUGCUUUCGACACUGCUUGGAUGGUGAAGGGCUGGGCGCAGGGAAAGAGCUCCUUAGAAACACUGGCAGAGAGGGAGAGCAUUUACCGUCUGCUGCCUCAGACCACACCGGAAAACAUCAGUAAAAACUUUGAGCAGUAUACAAUUGAUCCUGCUACCCGCUACCCGAACCUGAACUCCAGCUGUGUACGUCCACACCAGGUCCGUCACUUAUUCAUUGAUGGUCAUUCUGGUCUGGUUGAAAAAGGAGGGCUCUCACGAAGACCAGUUAACCUCCCUAGAAAAGAAUCUGAGGUGCGACCUAGUCGACUCCUAACCUGGUGUCAGAAUCAAACUCAGGGAUACAGGGGAGUGGAUGUCACCAACCUCACAUCAUCCUGGAGGAACGGUCUGGCCUUGUGCGCCCUCGUUCACCGGCAGAGGCCUGAACUCAUUGACUUUGACUCCCUGAACGAGGAGGAUGUGGCGAGGAACAACCAGCUGGCGUUUGACGUGGCUGAGCGCGAGUUCGGCAUCCAGCCAGUGACUACAGGAAAGGAGAUGGCUGCCAGAGCUGAACCAGACAAGCUGCUGAUGGUCCUCUACCUCUCCAAAUUCUUUGAGGCCUUCAGGAAGUCAUCGCUGAACAACAAUGUCCCCAAGGAGCCAGAUGAAAAUGGUGAAGAAUAUCCACCUAAAUCCAACCACAAAGUGCUGAACUUGCCUCUACCCAGGAAGAGGAUACCCAGGGAUGAGAAGAAAGCAGAGGAUGAUUCUGUCAACAAACGCAGACGGAAAGGAAGCGGCUACCUCACAGAGUUGUCCUGCCAUAGUGCUCCACCUGCUGGUGAAGAUGGAGAACUGCGGGAGAACAAGGUCCGCUCCAUGGCAACUCAGCUGCUGGCCAAGUUUGAGGAGAACUCCUCAACAGCAAAGGUGCACACCAAGUCCAAGGACCCAUCUAGCCCUCCCUUUUCUCCUCCUUUGUCUCCUUCCACCACCUUUCCAUCUUCAGAUGAGGAGGAGGAGGAGGAAGAAAACCCCCGUUUUGCUAAACCCAAAUAUAUCCAACCUCUUUCUCCUCUUCCCCCAUCUCGUCCCAAAUGGCAGCCUUCAAUCUACCUUCGGUUGCUGGAGAAUCCCAGUUCUGUUUCUCAGCAGACCAGUUUCCUCUCUUCUAAUUCAUAUUUUGAUCAGAGCAGCCAAAGUCGUUCUCCAUCGCCCUCACACUUUCAGGUCCCUGUAAGUGUUCCUGGUUCUGAACUUUGUCACACAGAACACACCCCAAACACAGAAGUCUCCCCAAACCAUCCUACCUGUGUGUCUGAUCUGUCCGCUUCGGACUCUGAUCCGUCAUAUGAUGCAUCUGAGCAGAAGACUAAAAAUCAGAGGUUGUCGACUAGAGAAUUUACACGCAGGAGUAUAAAAGAGAGAGCUGUCCUCCUGUCUACCAUGUUUCAUGGGUCCAACAAACUACCUGCUCCUCUAUCUGUUUCACAGGUGGAGUCAUCUACCUCCUCCUCUCCUUCCACACCAUCUCCUCCUCCUCUGUCUCUAUCUAAAAGCUCCACCAUGUUCCCUGUGGUCCACCCUGUUCCCGAUCCCGUCUCUCAGACCUGUUUCUCUUCUGAACCUAAAGUGACCUCUUCUCUUCUGUCCUGCUCUGAAUCUGAAACUACUGAGCAAAACUCUUCUUCUCAUCCUGAUACAUUCACAUCCAGCAACAAAACAUGUUCUUCUGUCUCUUCGUCUUGCAUUGGUAAAACUCAGAAUGUCUUCACUAAUCUCGAAGGGAGAAAAAAUGUGGAAAAUGAGCAACAGAGGGUUUGUGGAUCUAGUUUAAAACUAGCUGAGAAGGAUCCCACUAAGUGCACUGCAGCCAGUGAUGGUGAACGCACCAGAAGAAGUAAUCCAAAAUCAAUUGUUCGCUCUGAGAGCUGUCCCUCUGGAGCUCCUAGUUACAAUAAAGAGCGAGUAGUUGGAAAGGUAUCAUCAACAAUAGAUGCUAAAGCUCAGAAACUGGCCGUCCUUUAUGAGACAGACCACAGGCCCAAUGCCCCACCGUGUGUGGUGCGUAAAGAUUUCCCUCCUGGACUCGGUGGCAGCGACAUCUGCCACUUCUGCUCCAAACGGGUAUACGUGAUGGAGAGGCUCAGCGCUGAAGGCUACUUCUUCCAUCGCGAGUGCUUCCGCUGUGACGUCUGUAACUGCACCCUCCGUCUGGGUGGACACACAUUUGAUUCACAGGAGAGAAAGUUUUAUUGCAAGAUUCACUAUUCCCAGCGUCAAUACAACACCAGCUGGGGCAGGUUCAGAAGAACAACGGAAAACCUAAGCCACCUGAAACCCUCGUCUAUGGACAGCGGGAUCUGUUCAGCCACAGGCGCCGUCCAACCCACAGGUGAGGCAACCAGCAUGCAGUCAGAUCAGCUGAAAAAAGAUGUAAAACAACUUCCUGAGGGUACAGAAAUGGGUGUUGAUGCUCUGGAGGCUUCCUGCAUGGUCGGCCCUAAAAAGGGAGAAGGUGCCGCAGCCAGAAACCAGGAUGGCCUUAAAGGUCACUCUAACACAAAACAUAAUAAUCGAUGGAAACGAAAGAUUCGAGCAACAUUCCCUCUGAUCUUCAUCAAGCACUUCCGCUCAAGACCAGAAACUGUUCCUGAAGUUGAUUCUGACUUUGAAGAAAUCACCUCAACUGAGACACGCAGUAAGCCAAAACCAAAACCAAAAGCACAGACUCUCUCUGAGGAAAGUAAGAAGAGUGAUGAGCCACUGGCUGCAAUAAAAUCAGGUUCCAGCACAUCGGCUCCUAGGAGGCGGCUGGUACUAUCCCAGCCUGAAAAAGAGAGGCUUCUGAAUUGGGAAGAGGGUCUGAAUCCAGAAGAAACUCCCAUUAACAGCAACACAACAAACACUUCCCAGCAUGAAGAUCAGGUACAAGCAGAAGCAGAUAAGCCUCCGUCAAACUGGAGCCAGAUCGGAACAGCAAGUCGGUGCCAGACGCCAGCAUCUUCUUCCUCUGCUAUCCAGGUCAUAGCUAAUGCCUUCAGGAGGACCUUUAGUGGGAGCAGUGAACCCAGCAACUCCAAGGCUGCUGUUAUAAUGAGACCCAAACGUAACAUUCCACGUAAACAAAGGCCCAUGUCUGAAGGAGCAUCUAAUUUCUGCUCACUAUUCAGCCGUGAAGACUCAGGGUCAUUGACAGCGGAGAGGAGAACAAGCAUGUGUGGUGUCCAAUGGGCUUCUGUGGGGACGGAUCCGUGGGGGGAGGGGCGAGACUUGCCGUCCUUAUUACAGCAGGUGUCCCUAAAAAGUCGAAGAGACUCUGAAGGGGUGCCGGACGAACUUUGUUCGCUGCCCCGUAAAAGGGUAGAUUUGUUUUCAUCUCUUAGGCUCAGGAAGAGGGGCCUAUCGGAGAGUGAAGGGAAGGAGCAGGAAGCUCAAAAGGAAAUUAGGACAUUUCUCUCCAACCUGAAAAACAAAGCCUCUAGUGAACAGAGUUUGGAAGAACUGUCCUCAAGUGGUGAUGAAAGUGAAAACCUGACGUCCACCAAGAAGCUGUCCUCAGACAGAUUAAAGAAAAAGCAAGAAAAGACUGCGGCCCAGCAGGCUAAACAAGAACAACUGAAGAGGCUUCACCGAGCUCAGAUAAUCCAGAGACAGCUGGAGGAGGUGGAAGAGAAACAGCGCGAGCUGGAGGAAAAAGGAGUGAGAAUAGAGAAGAUCAUCAGAGGAGAAGAUUCCCAUCAGACUGACGACCGUGACGAAGCCCAGCUCUAUCAGGCCUGGUUUGAGCUCGUUCUGGAAAAGAAUCGAUUGGCGCGCUACGAGUCGGAACUCAUGAUUUUUGCCCAGGGUCUCGCGCUGGAAGACACACAAAGCCGGCUGCAACAAGAUCUAAGACGCCGAAUGUCAGUUGAAGAUACAAAUAAAAGCGCCUCCGAGCUGCAAAAGGAGAUGGAGAUCCUGGCUGAAAUCAUGAGGACGGUAGAGAAACGGGAUAUGCUAGUCUCCAUUUUGGAGGAGCAGAGAUUGAAGGAGAGGGCAGAGGACAAGGACCUGGAAAGCCUGGUUCUGUCCAGGGGCUACGAGUUUCACUGGGCUCAAGGGAGCGACACCUGGGGGCAGGAGAAGCUUGAAUGAUUACUGGUCGUUGAUGAUGUUGAGCCAACCGUGUGAAUUUCUAGUCUGCAUCUACCCUAUUUUUCCGGUUUAAAUCUGAAUGUGGCGUAGAUGCACAUAUUUGGACAGCUGAGGACUUUUUUUCAGCAUGAGAAAGCUUAAUUUCAUUUGGUUUUGUUGCUGUGUUUAAUUUUGAGACUAAUAAGGAAUAACAUUCAGCUAAAAACAUCUUUGCCAACGAGGUUGUUUUACAUUUAUCUAUAAGUAGAUAUAGAAUAAACUUCUAAUAAUAUGGCUGCCUGGAUGACUGCUUUAGGCUGCUUCCAGCCUUAAUGUUGGCCUUGGUGUAAAAGGCCAACUAUGAAUGCAUAACUUCAGUGGAGACCACAAGACUUGAUACUUUACUGAGAUUUUUAUACUUUGCACUGUGUAAAUAGUUUAAAAUGAAUAUACUGAUUUCAGAAAUACCUUGUGUACUAAUUACUUUUGGUCACUUUGUGUGCUGCUGUGCAUCUGACUGUAAUCUCUUGUGAAAACAUGAUCCUGUUAUUUUCUUUUGUGCUUGAGCAUUGUAAAAAAACAACAACAACAACAACAACAACAACAACAAAAAAACAGAAUAGUAUUUGCACCCUGACAAUGUCACAAGAGGUAUGGCUUCUCCCUAAACCUCUGAGGUAAAGUUUCAGAGUGUGAAACCGAUACACUACUGGAUGAAACUGUCCUGCCAUCCUCUAAAUCAAAGUCCACCAGCCAACUUUGCAGAAGGAGUUCAUGUGUCUUAAAUUUAGAUAUUCACCGUUUCCCCUUCUCCAUCAGCAGUGAGAUUUGCUGUUUUGUUCUACAGCUACUACUUUUUUGUUUGCCAAUGGCUUCAUCACACUCUUACAGCUUCCAGUAUACAUAUAGGAAUAUGAGUGAUAUGUUUACACUUUUAAUCCUGGAACAAGUCAUGACACUGGUAUUAUUUCAUGUUUUUUUCAAAAGAUAUUUGUCAUGUGCUGUGAAUUAAAUAAUUAAUCUUUAUUUCGGGUCUAAUUAGAGUUGUGUGUCAGGGUUCUUUGUUUUGUUUUGAGUGGGUCAAAUGGGUGACAAUUCUUCAAUAAAAACACAGUUUGAAUACUGUUGAAAUUA